GACAACUAGGAGAACUCUCGACCCCACAGGCCCGCCAGGCCCGCGAAACGCCAACAGCGCACUGUUGUCCAGAGUAAUCGUCAAGAUGGAGGUCGAUCGAAAGCGUCGUUUGGCCGCGAUGACCGCAGCGUUAUCUUGCGAUGAAGAUGAGUCGUGUGGGUCCAAGAGAUCGCUUUGGAUGAAAGACUGGAUGUGCAGAAAGGAACGCGGUAUGCAAAACCAACUUACCGAGGAGCUCCUCGACAGCGAUCCCGAGGAGUACCGCAGGCUGCUGCGCGUCAGCCGCGAGCAAUUCCUGCAGCUGCUGUCUCGCGUGGGACCCAGAAUAGCGCGGCAGGACACUGUGAUGCGGCGAGCAAUUCCACCAGAGACACGGCUACAAGUCACUCUUCGUUAUCUUGCAACGGGAGAGAGUCAUCAUUCAUUAAGCCGUCAAUUCAGGCUUGGACACUCAAGUGUCAAUGACCUCAUCCAUGAAACGUGCACGGCACUCUACGAAGAGCUGAAGGAGGACUUCAUAAGAACUCCAAAGACCGAAGAGGAGUGGCUGGAUGUGAUCAGUGGUUUCGCCCAGAAAUGGCAAUUCCCAAACUGUGCCGGUGCACUCGACGGCAAGCACGUCUGCAUCUGGAAGCCACCAAACUCUGGAUCUGUCUACUUUAAUUAUAAGAAGACCCACAGUAUCAUACUCUUCGCUGUGGUAGAUGCAAACUGCAAAUUCAUCUACACCGACGUCGGUGCCCCGGGAUCACAAGGAGACGCCGGCAUCUGGCAGACUACACCGUUACAACGAGCUCUGGCAAGCAAGAAGAUCCAUCUGCCAGAGCUGGUGAAGGUAGCAAGCUCACCAGACAAGUUUCUGCCCCCCGUUUUUGUGGGCGAUGAUGCAUUUCCUAUUGGAAAAAAUCUCAUGAAGCCGUUUGGUGGCACAAAGCUCACGGAAGAACAGCGGAUAUUCAAUUACAGGUUGUCCAGAGCUAGACGUGUUGUCGAAAACACAUUCGGAAUCCUGGCCAACCGUUUCAGGUGUUUGCUGACAGUGAUAAAUGCCAUUCCCGAAAGGGCCACUGCCAUCGUCAAUGCUGCAUGUGUCCUGCACAACUUUCUCAGCAACGACGUGCUGCCCCAACAAGCAUCAAGGGCAGAUGCAGAGAACGAACGCCGAGGUCGCCCAACGUUUUUCAGCUUCCCAGCAUCGCGUGGACGUGCUAGCACAUUUGGCGCUGCAGUGAGAGAGGACAUGUGUAGUUUUUUCAAUGGCAGGGGUGCUGUGUCAUGGCAGCGAGAGGCCGCCUACGUUGAGUUAGACAAACACUGCACACGCAGACCGAAGAAAGGAGUGCAGACAAAAAGAAGCAAGUAAACAGUUAACUUCAACUUUUAUUCGGUCAGAUGUUUUUCUAUGACACUGAGUAUUUCAGCCUGGCAGCGAACCAACUUUAAUGGGUUCAUUGGUCGCAUGAGUGCUGCAGCAGCCUUCGCAAAAUGUGCAGAGGCGUCAUCUGCGUCGGAAGGCUGUUGUACAGCAACUGCUAUUUUUUCAAGGGCAGCUGUUCUCGCAGCCCAAUCGUUAGCUGAGGGCUGCGAGCUUUCCUUGACACGCUACUACUGCUGGCCGUACUCACUGAGGCAGGGGACGGCUGUGGCGCAUACUCGAUGUUGGCGUCCGGGUCGGCAUCCUGGUCCGCACUUUGCUCAGCGUUUUGCUGUAAUUAAAAGUUGCAUGCAAAUUAAUUUUAUCUAUGCACAGAGCAAGUUAUGCCAGCCUUCGUGGGCUUCAAGAAGGUUGACCUGCCCUGUCCUGCAAAGAAGGAAACAAACUCCAGUAAUAUCAAAAUCAUUUAAUUUACAAGAUGUUCAAGAACUGACUGUAUUUUUAUGUUAGAGCAGGUGUUUUAUAUUGUCUUCAUAUGAGGGUACGGUACCUCAUGACAGUUGAAAUGCACUCCAUGUGCCCAAUAUACUUGAGCAAAGUAUUCGGUGUUCCUGCUUGCAUCCCUAGCUUUAUGUACUCGUCUCAUGAAUAAACAUGUGCCACUGUAAUUCACACUGACAGUAUGUAAAGUGCUCAUGCGUGCACAGAGUGUGUGCACAGAAUGGCUAAAAAAUUCAUAAAUGCUCGUAAAUUUAGAAAAAAUGAUAUAAAGCUGGCAUUUGUACUGCAA